AUGGCUGCGCGCCCGACCCUGGGCCGUGGGACUGCCUACGGCCAUGUAACCUCCUUUAGACAUUCUUCAGUGCUGCAGAGACCGUUUUCUACUGCACGCCCAAAGAAAUCCAGACAUCUUUUUGCCAAAACCUUCGCAGGCAUAUUUGCUGUUGGUACCGGUGUGUACGUUUGGGAUCGCUACUCGAACUCGUCCACGAUCCUGCGAUCGCUCUACGCCUUGUCUACGUUUGGUGUGGUGGCUCUCAAGUACUAUUACAUCGACUACUACAACGAUCCAGAUGAUCUCCACGAAUCAGCCAGUGCAGCCAUCUAUAAGAUGUUGAUGUCAAAUAAAGGGAUGUAUAUCAAGUUGGGUCAGGCGCUUGCCAACCAGGGCUCCUUGUUCCCGUUGGCAUAUCAGAAACGCUUUGUCAAGCUUUAUGACGAGGCACCGGUGGACACCUGGGAAAGUGUUGAUGCUACAUUGAAGAAGUAUUUGGGGCCCGAAUACGAAUCGCAGGUAUUUCAACAAAUUGACCACGAACCAAUUGCCAGUGCGUCGAUAGCACAGGUCCACAGAGCCACGUUGGCCAACGGAGAUAAGGUUGCCGUCAAGGUUCAACAUCACUACAUCGAGGACCAGGUGGCUGCUGACAUGUGGUGUUACAGGUUGAUUGUCAGGGUUCAAGAGAAAGUGUUUGACAUGCCCAUGACUUUCUACACCCAAUAUGUUAGUGACCAAACGAUAUUGGAAACAAAGUUCAAGAAUGAGCUCCAGAACGCAGAGAAAUUGAGACUGUUUAUCGCCAACGAUAGAAGUGCACGCAACUUAGGAAUUCAUAUCCCCAAGAACUACCCCGAGUACUCGGAUGAUAAGGUGUUGGUGAGUGAGUGGAUUGACGGGGUUUCAUUGACGGACAAAAAACGGUUGAUCGAUGGCAAAUACAACUUGGGCACCAUCAUGAACCAGUUUGUAUUGAUAUUCGGCAAGCAGAUUUUCAGUUAUGGGUUUGUUCACUGUGAUCCUCAUCCUGGAAACUUGUUGGUGAGGAGAGUAGGACGCCAACAGCAAUUGGUUAUUCUUGACCACGGGUUAUAUGUCAACAUGCCUGAGAAGUUUAGAAGAGAGUACGCGCAAUUGUGGAAGUAUAUUAUGAGUGUGGACCGGAAGGGACUCGAGAAUGUGGCCAACGAAUGGGGUGUAACCUCAGUUGAUUUUCUCUCCACUUCCAUUCAGUUGAAGCCAGCAGACAUGGAUAAGAGUGUUUCUGCCCUGAUGAGGACCAAGAAGAGCAAGCAUAUCAUGAAGGAGUUCUUGAGUGACACCUCCAAGUUUCCAUUGGACUUAUUCUUCUUGGGCAGAGCCAUGAGAAUUAUCCAGACCUGUAACAAGAACUUCGGGUCUCCUGUCAAUAGAAUUAAUGUGUUCACUGGUAACGCUUUAGAUGCGUUGAUUGUUAAAUCAGCAUUUUCCGAUUACUUGACUUUGCUCAGGUUGAAGGUGAUGUUGUUUGGUAGCUCUGUGGUGUUCUGGGUGUUCAGAUUGAGACAGAUUUGGAAUGGUGACCGGUACGGUUACAAAGGUUUAGGAAUAGAGGAUGUGAUUGAGAGACGUUUUAGAAGGAUGGCCCACAAUAUGGGAGUUGAUCUUCCACCAGAACAAGCCCUCACGGAUUAA